AUGUCGAAACCAAUUGUUAUCGAGGUGAAGAAAGAGGUGGAAGGGGACAUCUACUCAUAUGACGGCACAUCCUACAGAAUCAAUGGAGAACGUCGUCUCGGCAUUGAUAAUAUUCUCGUCACGCUUUUCAACAUGAACAGCAAAGAGAUGCGCAGACACGCACUAUUCUGGGAUGUGAUUUCCCCUGCGGACUUGGGCAAGCUGCCAGUAUAUCCGAGACAGAUAUUUGAGGACCUUGCGACGGAAUGGCAUAAACAACAUGGUUGGCACAUCAUCACUCCUCCAUCUACACCACCCGCAGCAAACGACCUUAAAAGGGAGCUCGAUGAACCCAUCCCAGACGACCAUGAGAUUCUGUCCAGUAAGAAGAUCAAAUCGGAAGAGUUCACAAGCGACGGUGUCGACGCAGCCAUACCCUCACAUGCAGGGGAGCAUGUGAACAGUUAUUGGAGGAAGCAAACCGAAAAUCCAUGGACUCCAGAACGCAGCGAGGAUGAGAAAAACCUCAUGAACCAGCACGAGGCCUGCCGUGCCAAGCAGACUUUCGUUGCAGCUAUGGGUACUUACUGGAUUGAGUGCCCACUCAUUGAGAAUGAACACCCAGAACUAGUAGGCAGUCUGCGCAUGGUCGUUCAAGCCCUUGAUGAAGAUACACAGGAACGUGGCUUGCUCGAGGCCCACCUCAACCUUGGGCUAUUGAAAGGCACCAUGGUUAUGGGGCCUGGCCUUGACAUAGUCCAAGAUUGGUGUUACAGACACCUGAGCCAGCGUUCAAGAGAUGGUGGCAAUGGGAAAUGCAGGAUUGACAAGGACACAGAAAGACUUCGAGACGUUCUAGAAGAGCUCAAAAGAGUAAAUAGAAUACCUAUGGACGCGAUCAUUAAAUCACCGCCUCUCGACUUACGAAAGCCACUCGACCUCGACUGCGAAGCUCGACUAUACGAGAACAGACCAUCCAUUGGUGGACCCAUUCGGAUCUCUGGCAAUACCGCGCAUCUCGAAUUCCGGGUAGAUAGUUUGUAUUUCGAAGGCAAGAUCAAUCUUCCUAUGAUCAGCGACACGCCUGUAAAGAUUUCUGGUCACAGAAUCAAAAGCGAUGAUUCUUGCACCGUUGAGAAGUGGUUGGAUUACGAUACUUCGAAGGUCGAAUAUGGGGCGGUGUGGAAUGAGUUUUGA